AUGUCAACCUUUGUUGUACCGCAAAUUCGUCCAGACGUUCCUCGCUCUUAUACUUAUCCAACCACCACAACAAAACGUCGCCGAAAAGAUACAUUUGUUGAACGAUUACUCAAGGAUCCAAUGCUUCAAACAAUGGCCGAUAUUGGCAAACAAGAAGCGAGCUAG